ACCAAGUUUAAACAUAUAUCUUUCUCUGUAUAUUUUUUGAAGUCUGAUUAUUAAUUAGAUGAUUUUAUGUUCGCGGAUAUAUGUGCGAAAGCUUCUGAGAGAUCUCAAUGAGGUAUAAUUGAUAUAACACAAGUCAUUGAGAGCAUAGUAUUCUUAAGCGAGACAUGAGUUAGUAUAGAAACAAAAGAACUGUCUGCUUAGAUUACCUGUAGCUGAUUGGCUUUAAGUGGCUACUGGCUCCGUUUUUAUUGGACACUCAAACAUUCAAAUUAUCUUGUUACAAUCGUUCAGGAUUGGCUGAGAGCCCCAGGCUGCUUGCAGUCUUGAUAAGUCUCUCUACUUGUUUGGCAGAAGUCUAAUUACCACACUGCUUAUUUGAGAGGGCUUCUUGUAAAGUUGUUCAAGAAGAGAUUCCUGUCUUCUCCAACCUGAUUCUUAUUCCAUUGGCUCCAAAUGUCUGGUUUCGAGUAUAACUUGGACUAAACUCGAUGAUUGAUAAUGAAUGAGUAAAAUGAGAGCUUGUUUAAAAAAGCAAAUGAAACUAAAUAAGACUGUUCAUUCAGUAACAUCUCUGGCUGAGCAGUUGUUGAGUUGGUCAAAACAAAAGAAGCUUAGCCGACGGCUACUCUCAACCACACUUAAGAAGGUACUACUUGUUAGCCAAUAGAUAACUAUCAUAAUUUAUCGAAUAAUUUCAAAGUAUUUGAUUGGUUCGCAGCACCAUAAAGUGGUUCUGCUGCUAGCAGCUGAUUUCUUUAUAGUUUAAUCUUUUCAAUAAAGUGCUUCUUGCGCCGACGAAGCUUGGCUGCGCAACUACAAAACAUAAUCACAUCAUAGAUAAUCAGCCGCGGGCCGUUUCGUUGUUCUUACCUGUCCAAACUAUAAAUCUUCGUUCUUUUCAUCAAUCUAAAAUUUAUUCCACUUGGACUCGAAAACAACUAUCGUCGAGAUAUCAAAUUGUCAUAAAAUUAUCAUUGAUUCAUUAUCGCUACAAGCUGUAAAAGCCUCUCAACUUUUGUGCUAAAUCAAAAAGACUAAUUAAAACUUCACUUGAAAACAACUCUUUUCUCAAACCAACUACAUAAUAUUGCUCUCCAAUUACGAUGAUACAAGCAAAAAACGCGGUCAGCUCUGAAGUUCCAGCUCGACAGGCAACCCCCCAGAAACCAAAAUCGUCCCCCUUUCUCAUGGACAACAUUCUUUCCGGGAAAGGGAGCAAAAUGGUUUCCGGAAAAAACGCUAGCGGAUGCGAAGUGAAUUUUGCGGGGGAAAGUUUUCACACCUUGCCAGUCUGUUCUGCGAUGGACAGAAGUAGACCGAUGAUUCUCAAUGAAUCCCAAGAGACUUUGCGACGAGCAUCCAACGAACUAUCUCCUCCGAUGACAUCGCCGAUCUCUUGCUCAAACAAUAACACUGCAGUCCGCAUGACGCCUAUCUCAACGCCAACUAGCGGGACACCUCCUGCUUCCCUAAGCGCCGAAAAGUACAAAAGCAUCUCUCCAACUCCAUUCAACUCCAAAAAACAAAUUUCGUAUUCCCCGACUUCCAGUGACGUAAUAGAUGACGUCACCCAUGAUAUAAUAGAUGACGACAAUGACACUGAAGACGAAGACGAUUCCUCGGAUCUGAGCCGGAAGAAAAACCGGACUGCGUUCACGCCGCACCAGAUAUACGAGCUGGAGAAGAGGUUCAGAUCGCAGAAGUAUUUGUCGGCAAGUGAGAGAGGAGAGUUCGCUUUGUCGCUCAAACUCACAGACACCCAGAUCAAAACCUGGUUCCAAAACCGAAGAAUGAAACACAAACGACAACAGAUAGACGCUGAAAAUUUGCAACUAGCAGCCUUGUAUGGGCCUCUGAUUCAACAGCAAGCAGCCGCCGCUUCAUUCCUCCGGAACUCCGGGGCACUUUUCCCCGGACCCGGAAACGGUCUGGAACACCACCCUUUCAUGUCACUUCCCGGGUCACCGGCGGCGUCUUUGUUCUACAACAAUCCAGGUCAAUUCGGACUGAGUCCGAACGAAAAUCACCCCUCUGUUGGGCUACCGUUGUCGACUGUCUUCGCCAAUGGAUCACCCGCUCACGUUCCUUUGCCGACGCCUGUGUCCCGAAACUUCCCUGGGCUCCCCGGGACGACACCCAACAUGACUCAUCCACUCAUUCCAAACAUAAACUCAAUCCCACAUGAGUUUUUAAAACUGACCUCAAGUUUAGUUGGAAAUAACCUGAACUUUCAUAACCAGUUUGCGACAAAACCUCCGCAUCAGAUGCCGGUGUUUUCGUCAGCUGCCCAAAUCAUGUCACCGAUAAGGAGCUGCAGCGACUCGACACCGAUUUUGAACCUUCCAAAAAUGGAACCAAAUUUCGCAAGUUCAGAUUCUCAGAAGUUGAUUGUAACUAAUGCUACCAUGGAAAAUCAGCAAACGGUCAAGUCACAUCCAAUUUUGACAGAAAAACUUCAAAAGCUGAUCCAAUGCGUCGUUCACAACGAAUAAAACUUGAGCAAAUUUUUUUGUCUAAAAUUAUUCAAAAUCAUUUUUUUUCUUUCAAAUUCUCAUAGUAUGAUUAUCUGAAUUAUCAUGAAAAUUUUAAAAAAAGUUUUGUAUCAAAUCUAAUAUUUGCAUUAAAUUUGUUAGAACAAAGUUUUUUGCAUUUUGCUCGCUUUCGCUUUUCAUUCAUCACUAUUGAAUUUUUUUUAAAAAUGUUAAAUUAUGUCAAGAAGAUAUAUGUAAUAGAUUUAAAUUUACAUUAGCAUUAGUAGUAAUUCGAGUUCUUUCCAAAC